GCACCCGAUCCCCAUCUCCGUGCGAGACAGAGAGGGGUAAGGGGGGGGGGGGGAGAGAGAGGAGGGGUAGUCUAGAGAGGGGAAGGGAAAGCGGAAGCGAGGAGGUGGUCGUCGUCCGUUCUGUUCCUCCCUCCCUCCCCUCCGGCUCUCGCUCUCACAUGUCGUGUGGCGCGGCGGGAGUUCUGAUCCGGAUGGUGCAGCGCCGCGGGAUCGCCCACGGCCAUGAUUGAUCGCGAACGAGCAGAGGAAAUGCAAGUUAAUAUUGAGGCACCUCUAGGGUGCCUCAAGCCAAAUAUUUCUCAGUAUGACCCUCCAGAGCAGAAUGGUAGGAUUGAAGGGUUUCCUGAGAAUAAUGAAAAGAAGACUGGUACGGUUGUUGCGGAAAAAGUCUGGGAGGCAUCUCCUCUUCCAAAUCAAGGCCUUAGCAGACCUUUCUACCGACAAGAAUUUUAUGCUUGGCCAUUUAUUUAUUCGGAUUUCCAUCUACCGCAUCAGCCACAACCUUAUGGCUUUGCCAACCAAUUUUAUCAAAUAAACAGAGACCACAAUUUUCCUAUUGAGAACAGAGUUCAGUAUCUUCCAUUCAAGAUGCUCCCUCAAGGUCAUCCUCAUGAUGCACAACUUCAAGAGUUUCAAUAUUUUGUGGUUAUUGAUUUUGAAGCAACCUGCGACAAGGUGAACAAUCCAUUUCCACAAGAGAUCAUUGAGUUUCCAUCUGUCUUGGUUAACAGCGCAACUGGGCACCUGGAAGCGUCCUUUCAAACUUAUGUUCGGCCAACAUAUCAUCAAUUUUUGACCGAUUUUUGCAAGGAGCUUACUGGUAUACAACAGAUUCAGGUAGACAGAGGCGUGCCUCUAAGUGAAGCCUUGCUCAUGCAUGAUAAGUGGCUAGAGGACAAAGGCAUUAAGAACACAAACUUUGCUAUUGUGACCUGGUCUAACUGGGACUGCCGUAUAAUGCUGGAAUCUGAAUGCAGAUUUAAGAGAAUCAGGAAACCGCCUUAUUUUAACAGGUGGAUCAACUUGAAGGUACCUUUCCAUGAAGUGUUUGGGGAUGUCCGUUGCAACUUAAAGGAGGCAGUCCAGUUGGCUGGCCUUACAUGGGAGGGUCGUGCCCACUGCGGCCUUGAUGAUGCUCGAAACACUGCUCGCCUCCUUGCACUUUUGAUGCAUCGGGGCUUCAAGAUCACCAUCACCAGCUCACUUGUGUGGCAACCUGCCUCGGAGUCAACAAUCUGCCAAUCGUCCCCUGACCGUUCUCUAGACCCCGUCCAGUCCCAACAGAAGCCAAAUGAGAUGUUGGGAUCUCCUGUGCUGGUUAAUCCAUAUGCCACCACCGCAGGAAAGGAUAGACCGAUGUACUGCUAUUGCGGAGUGCUGAGCAGGUGGAGCGUUGUGCGCAAACCAGGGCCCAUGCAGGGGCGGUAUUUCUAUGGAUGCGGCAACUGGACUGCCACAAGGCGGGCAAUAUGCCCGUACUUUGCAUGGGCAUCAUGAAAGCAGAACUUGCAGUGCAAGUCUCAAGGGCGAAGACCUGGUGCCUUAACCGGAGGCGCUAAGCUGCGGUCGCCUGCUUUGCUGCGCCUCCCAUUCCGUAUAUAUUAUGGUAUAACUUUGCUCAUAAGACAAUGGAAGUUCACUAGGGAGUGUCUAACCUGUCAUGCCGACUUCUGUUGAUUGAAGAGAAUGGGGACUAGAUGCUGCUUAGGAAACUUUAUCCAUGAAUAAUCUAAAUUUGUGGACGCUAUUUUUAACUUAGUGGAACUCUCGUAGGUGUGAUUUGUGCAACUCGAACUUGAAACCAUGGUUUGCAGAUGUUCAGUGAGUGAUUUAAGUAUUGAUCAAAUUGAACUACUACUGAUUAGGGACUA